CAACGAAAUGAAGGAACAUGUAUCCCCUUUAAAUCUUUUAACAACGAAAAAAUGAAGUGAAGAAAUUUGCACGAGAAGCAAUUUUCUUCAUUUUCAAAGCAUCAUUUUAAAUACUUUUUACUUAGUGAAAUUUUACGGGCUCCCUGUGGUUCAUUUGUUUUCACAGUUUCGCACCUUGAAAAAUCUUAUCUCGAUCUCGUUCUAUUGACAUUUACAAACUUCCCUACGCAAAAUGAGCAAUUCUUACCAAGAGCGAGAUGUAAUUAUCGCUUGUGCAGUGCGAACUCCCGUGGGUUCACACAACGGAGACCUCAGUUCGCUAAAAGCUCAUGAACUCGGUUCGAUUGUUGUGAAAGAGGCGCUUUGCCGGGCCUCUAUCUCUCCUUGUGACGUGUCAGAGGUUAUUCUCGGCCAAGUUUUGACGGCCGGACAAGGUCAAGGUCCUGCUCGCCAGGCUGCAAUGCAUGCUGGGAUACCAGCCUGUGUUCCUGCAUAUGGAGUUAACAUGCUGUGUGGAUCAGGCCUUAAGGCUGUUGCCCUUGGUUACCAAGCUGUUGCCAUGGGAGACUCUAAUAUUGUUGUAGCAGGUGGACAGGAGAGCAUGAGUCAGGCUCCCCAUUGUUGUCACAUGCGACCUGCUCUGAAGUUUGGUGACAUGACGCUGAUAGACACAAUGCUUAAGGAUGGAUUAAUGGACUCGUUCAAUAACUAUCAUAUGGGAAUUACAGCUGAAAAUGUGGCGAAACAGUGGGAAGUCUCACGGGAGGAACAAGAUAACUUUGCUCUGACGUCACAGCAACGCACUGAGACUGCGCAGAAAGCUGGAUACUUCAGUGACGAGAUUGUUACGGUUUCUAUCAAGACGAGGUCUGGUCUUACUGAGGUCAACUCAGAUCAGUUCCCACGCCAUGGCUGUACAAUCGAAGGUCUAAGGAAACUUAAACCUUGCUUUCUGUUUGAUGGAAAGGGCACUGUUUCCGCGGGCAACACUUCCGGGCUCAACGACGGAGCAGCUGUAGUGGUGCUAAUGCCAUACGCAGAAGCAAAUGCCAGAAACGUCAGUCCGCUUGCUAGAGUAGUAUCAUGGGCUCAAGCUGGCGUAGACCCCUCGGUUAUGGGGACUGGGCCAAUUCCUGCCACUAGAAAAGCUUUGUCUAAAGCUGGAUGGAAAGUUGAAGACGUGGACCUUUUCGAGCUGAAUGAGGCUUUUGCAGCACAGUCAUGCGCAGUCAUCAGAGAACUGGGACUAGACCCUUCUAAGGUGAACAUUAACGGCGGCGCCAUUGCUCUUGGUCAUCCAAUAGGAGCAUCUGGUUGCCGCAUACUCGUCACUUUGCUUCAUAACCUUAGACGCACCGGCAAGCGAAGAGGCGUGGCUGCACUCUGCGUAGGCGGUGGAAUGGGCGUGGCAGUGUGCGUGGAAAGAUUGUAGCAACCAAGGAAUAUAGCAUUUAUAAACAAAUUAUGAAAGCAAAACGUUUCUUUUCGUAGAAGAUGGUUAGUAGCGGGACGUAUAAGUAUGAAUAGGCUCCGAGUGAUGGCGUCACGUUUAAAAGCAUUUUUGACAAGUCGGCCAAAUUGGGGUUUCAAAGAGAUGCCACGCGUCGGUCCUGGCUUGUUGGUAAAAUGCCAUUUUCCUCUGUGAGAACGGAAUAGUUUAAAUGACGCUGCGACUAUUUGCCCCAUCUACGAAAUUACUCUGUUUUCAUAAAGACAUAAACAUUUAAUUUUUGCCACAAUCACACCAUCCGCCCUUUUAUAUCACCUUACCCCAUCCCAGUCCAGCGUAUGUUUUGCCAGGGCGGUAACAAGGUAUAGUAGUAUAUAUAUUGUUUUCAUUUUAUUCCGAUCCCAGGGCUAAAGUAAAAUGAUCCGUGAUCCCGA